AUGAAAUUCGUUGCUGCCUCUGUCUUUUAUCGCUACCAUGUUCAGGUGGUGGAAAAUCAUCCUGUGGUACCAAAGCUAGCAUUAACUAUGUACAUGAAGUAUGGAUUGAAGCAUGCAUGCCAAGAAACGCAAGGAUCAUCACCCCUAUAUAUAGAACACGUGAUCAUCAAUCCUCUCAAACUCACCAAGCCCAUACAAUCUCACAUUUCCAAUCAUCAUAACACCAUGAUCAACCCUAGCAAUCUCUCCUCCUCUGAUGAUGAACUUGCCACCGUAAACUUCGUUUCCCGCCAGCUCUUUUCCUUACAACAUAUCCCAAUUAUAGAGCUUUUCAUUGCUCUUUUUGUUUUCAUAGCCAUUCAUUCCCUAAGGCAAAAGAAGCAUCAUGGACUACCAAUUUGGCCACUCCUAGGAAUGUUACCUUCCUUGGUGGGUGGCCUUCGAGGCAAUAUGUAUGAAUGGAUGAGUGACAUUCUUAACAAUCAAAACGGAACAUUUAGAUUCAAAGGCCCUUCAUUUAGUAGUCUCAACAGCGUUAUCACCUCGGACCCUCGUAAUCUCGAGCAUCUUCUCAAGACCAAGUUCCCCAAUUUUCCAAAAGGGCCAUUCUUUCGAGACACUGUUCAUGAUCUUCUUGGUAACGGGAUAUUCAACGCCGACGAUGAGACUUGGCAACGACAAAGGAAGACAGCAAGCAUUGAAUUCCACUCAGCUAAGUUCCGGCAAUUGACAACCGAGUCAUUGCUUGAACUUGUUCACUCCAGGCUCCUUCCUAUAUUAGAGAAUUCAAUCAAACAGUCCCUUCCCAUUGAUCUCCAAGACAUUUUAUUGCGGCUAACUUUCGAUAAUGUAUGCAUGAUAGCAUUUGGGGUUCAUCCUGGUUGUUUAAGCCCCAAUUUGCCUGAAAUACCAUUUGCUAAAGCCUUUGAGGACGCAACCGAAGCCACGAUGCUACGUUUUGUGACACCGACGUGUAUAUGGAAGACCAUGAGAUAUUUCAACUUGGGGAUGGAGAAGAAGCUUAAACACUCAAUAAUUGGAGUGGAUGAGUUUGCUGAGGAUGUGAUUCGAACAAGGAAGGCGGAACUCUCUUUGCAAUGUGACAAUAAUAUGUUGAAGCAAAGGUCGGACCUCUUGACGGUGUUUAUGGGGCUGAAAGAUAAGGCUGGACAGACCUUUUCGGACAAGUUCUUGAGGGAUAUUUGUGUGAACUUUAUACUUGCCGGGAGAGACACUUCUUCGGUGGCAUUGAGCUGGUUUUUCUGGCUGCUUCAUCACAAUCCAAGGUUAGAGGAAAGAAUUCUUGAAGAGAUAUGUGGGAUAGUGAGUAAAAGAGAGGAGGUUAAAAAGGGAGAGUACCAAAGUGUGAUAUUUAGGCCAGAGGAGAUAAAGAAGAUGGAUUAUUUACAUGCUGCUGUGUCGGAUGCUCUAAGGUUAUAUCCUUCAGUGCCGGUGGAUCACAAGGAGGUUGUUGAAGAUGAUAUAUUUCCAGAUGGGACAGUAUUGAAAAAGGGAACAAAAGUAAUCUAUGUAAUAUAUGCAAUGGGUAGAAUGGAAGGCAUAUGGGGAAAGGAUUGUAGGGAGUUUAAGCCGGAGAGAUGGCUAAGAGAUGGGAAGUUCAUGAAUGAAUCAGCCUACAAUUUUACAGCCUUCAAUGGCGGCCCUCGUCUUUGCUUAGGAAAAGAUUUUGCCUACUAUCAAAUGAAAUUCGUUGCUGCCUCUGUCAUUUAUCGCUACCACGUUAAGGUGGUGGAAAAUCAUCCUGUGGUACCAAAGCUAGCAUUAACUAUGUACAUGAAGCAUGGAUUGAAGGUGAAUCUUUAUAGGCGGGACGAGUCUGAGAUUCAAAAGUACCUCAACACUAAUUAAUAAAGGUUUCAGCUUCUUUGCGUUGGUAUUGUACUAUACUAUAUAAACGAAAAUGAUUGAAUAAUUUUAGGCUGAGAGAGAGGGUUGCACUUGUAUGGUUGUAUACUCCUUAAGAAGCCGCAUUUGAA